AAUAAUUUAUUUUUGUUCGGUUAUAAAAGUUCGUUUUACCUCGCGGAGAACGAUUGGCCGGUGAGGCUUCCAAAACACUGAUAAAAAAAAAAUUUUGUGCGUGAGUCGGUCGUGAGUCGAUCGUGAGAAGGCAAAACGCGGUGAAUUUGUUGCUUGAAAAAGCCUCGUGCGGCGUUGGCAGCAGCCAUUUUGUUUAACCUGCGGUGACGCCGGGUGUGUGUGUGCAGAUCUCGCUGGUCGGUGGUUUGACGGUAGGUGCUGUGACGUAGCCGACGGGAACGAGAGUGCAAAUCUUCCGGGAAGUUCCGGGUGCUGGAUAUUUCGACCGGUGGGAGAAUUUCGGCUGGAUUUUGCUGUGUUGCGGCAGGGCGUUUUUGACCAGGGCCGGCAAUUGCUGCUCGACGUGGUGGUUUGGUUGUGAUCUUGCGGAGCUACGGAGGACCGGUUCGGGAAAUUUCGAGCCUCGUGUGGAUUUUGAGGUUAGGUGUCCAUUCCACUUGUGGAGUACUAGCAAAAGCUGGCAAAGGCCGGGCACGUGGUCGGUGAGUACUACAAAAACUUUUGAUCCCUGAACAGUGUGUAAUAGAGCUUUUUCGUUGUUUUUUAUUUCUCUAUUUUUUUCUAUUUUUUGUCAUUUCAAAAAAAAUUAUUGGUAAUUUAAUUUGUAAAACUUUGUAAAUUAGACAUGGGUUCUAAUGGAAUUGCUACCUCUAUUGAAUCGUACAGAAAGGGUACGUCAUUUACGGACUGGUCUGAUCGAUUGGCCUAUACCUUUCACGCAAAUCAAGUUGCGGCUGAUCGCCAAAAAUCGCAUUUCAUAACGAUUUGCGGACCGUUUCUUUUUUCUCAAUUAAAGCUGCACUACAGCAAAGAUGAGCUGGAUAAAGCCUCUUAUGCUGAUAUUGUGUUAAAAUUGAAACAAAAAUUGGACAAAACGGAGCCGGACUUAGUCCAACGCUUUCGUUUUAGUCAGCGAAACCAGCAACCUGAUGAAUCCAAUGAGGAUUUCGUGCAGGCGGUCAAGUUGCAGGCGGAAUUCUGUGGUUUUGGUGCGUUUAAGGACGUGGCCAUAAUGGACAGAGUUCUGGCGGGUCUUCUUGACGGGAAUUUGAUGGAGAAUUUGUUGAAGGAGGAGGGGUUGACCUUGGACAAGAUGGACAAGUUCAUCACGACUUGGAACAUAGCAAAACGUAACGUGAGUGCACUAAACAAUCAAAAUUCUUGUGCUAAUUUUGGACAAUUUAACUACCCUCCACCUGAAAUGGUCAACCAAGUUCGAAGACCAGUGCACGAGAGGUUAGGUUCACAUCCCUACAACAAUAGACAACAUUCAAACACACAUAACAACUAUUACAGAUCGGGCUUCAAUAGAAACAAUAAUAGAUACAACAACAAUAGAUCGGGUCAAAAUAAUCAUGAGCAGCGCGCACAAAACACACAAAAUACACAUAACACACAACGUUCAGUCAGAUUUCAAGGUGAUAACCGUAAUAACAAUCAAAGAAACACAAAUUACAAUAACAACAACAACAACAGAUUUAAUUAUCGAACUGAGAGGGUUAAGCCUGAUUAUUCUGAGACUGUUUGCGAUUAUUGUGGGAAACUGGGGCACAUUAAAAAGAGGUGCUUCACCUGGAAGAAUUUGCGACGUGAUGCUGUGAAUUUCGUCGAGAUGGCGCGACCGGGAACCAGUGCUGAGAGAGAGCUGGCAGAUCUAUUGGGGCGUAUGAACACGAGGGAGGAUCCGAAUGAGGAGACUUCGGAUGCGGAAAGCUACUCCGAGUGGAACCAAGGUGUCGGCUGGAAGCGCGGUGUGGUUAGCGCAUCGCGGUCAGCUUAAACCACAUUACCAGCAACAAGGCGAACGGCCGAACCUGAUGACGCCGUUUGAGAAGUCUGCGCCGGACGCGGCAGUGGUGGAUUUGGACGUGGAGAUGCUGAAUUUAGACGAAGAUAUGUUGGGGGCCGGAUACGGUGGAAGCGGCUUGUUCCGGGGUUUCCCGGAGGCUGCAACAGCACGAUCCAGAAGCCGGAAGCGAGACGCAUCCGCGGCAGAAUUGCCGGCGGUUUGCCUUAGGCGCUCGAAGAGAAUUAAGAAGCCUGUGGUGAAUAGUGAAUUUAUCUAUAGAUAAUAAUUUUACGAUUUCUGAACACUUAGUUCUUUCUCAUCAU